GAGGAGCUAGUCUCCAUGGCAACAGGUGGGAUUUGCCCUGGAGGCAGAGCCAGUCGAUUCUCGGUUGGUAUCGCCGCCCCAGCUUCCACACCGCAUCACGCCCUGAGUGGAAUGGAUGACCAGGACAAGAAAGAAAAUGGGGAGUACGUCGGAGAGAUUAAAGGUGGGAUGCGGCCCUCAAUGAAGCUGGUUGUCAUGGGAAUUAUUGAUAAAAAGCCAAAGAGCAUCGAGGUGACCCUGUCCUGCAAGCCUCAGGAUGAGGACGCAGAGGGGGACGUGGGUCUGCAACUGAAGGUCAGCUUCUUGGAUAAGGCUGUCCAGCGUAACGCCCGCUUGGCUGGGAAGUGGGGCCCUUGUGAAAAUACCCUCUCCUUCUUUCCCUUUGCACCUGGAGAAGCCUUCAAGAUGGAGAUCGUCUGUGAACACCAGCAGUUUCGCAUCUUAGUGGACGGCCAGCCCCUGUGCGGCUUCACCCACCGGCUCUCCAAGCUCGCCUCCCUCACCGCCUUAAGAGUCUACGGGGACCUCCAGCUCACCAAGGUUGCCUAACACCAGCCUCUCGCCGGCGGAAAGCUGAACUGAGGGCCCCCCCCUCGGGGACGCCACACCCCCCCCCCACCAUUAGAUUAAACUUCUUUUCAAAUCACCAUCAUCGGGACGUUUCGGUGUUUUAGUUCGCCAACAAAAGUUGCACCAGCCUCGUAAUCCUAAGUGCCUUCGCUGAGGUUACCUGACUGGGGACUUGAAGAUGCUGACUGAAUGUAGCAGUCGUCGCACGUCUUAAAUCCAACGAGGAAUGUCGUUUUGUGUUGUCAUGAAUUGUAACGAGCAAGAUCUACGCUUUUGAAUGAGAAAUCUCCAGGCUUCUGAAGCCACACACAAAAAAAAGUGAGUUAAAAGGAAAAAAAAAAGCUUUGCAUUAGUCUUCAUCCUUUAUAAAAAAA